UCCUCACUGUUGCCUGCGCCCAUAACCACCCAUUUCCCAUUUACCUCGCUCUCUUACUAUUUCUCACUCUCUUUCUCAAAAUCAAAUAACUCCAAGAGUUUCAUACACACAUUUUUAGAGAGAAAGAAAGAAAGAACCAAAGAAAAAGAGAAAUGGAAAAAGAUUCUCUGAAAGCUGGCACUGGCAGAGCUAUGAUCCCGAGCUUUCUUUACUCUUCGUCGUCUUCUUCUUUGUCCAAAAGACUCUUUGAUUUGGACACUCUCACUCGCUCCACUAACCUUGAUCAUCAUCAUGAUCAUGGAUCAUCAUCAUCAUCACCGUCCAUUUCAUCAUUAUCGUCGACGAAGACGACGACGACAAGGAGCUUCGUGAUCCCGGCGCCGAAUGAGAAGGUCCGGAUGUACUCGCCGGAAUUCUACGCCGCUUGUACCGCCGGCGGAAUCCUCAGCUGCGGUCUCACUCACACCGCCGUCACUCCUCUCGAUCUCGUCAAGUGCAACAUGCAGAUUGACCCGGCAAAAUAUAAGAGCAUCUCAUCUGGAUUUGGAGUGUUGUUCAGGGAUCAGGGAGUUAAAGGUUUCUUUAAGGGUUGGGUGCCCACUAUGCUUGGUUACAGUAUGCAGGGUGCCUGCAAAUUUGGAUUUUAUGAGUUCUUUAAGAAGUACUACUCAGACAUUGCUGGGCCUGAGUUUGCAGCCAAGUACAAAACCUUGAUCUAUCUUGCUGGUUCAGCAUCUGCUGAAUUUAUAGCUGAUAUUGCCCUCUGCCCCAUGGAGGCUGUGAAAGUUCGUGUCCAAACUCAGCCUGGGUUUGCCAGGGGUUUGUCUGAUGGAUUUCCCAAGUUUGUCAAGUCUGAAGGAACCCUCGGAUUGUACAAAGGACUUGUUCCUCUAUGGGGACGUCAGAUUCCAUAUACCAUGAUGAAAUUUGCAUCCUUUGAAACUAUUGUGGAGAUGCUGUACAAGUAUGCCAUCCCAACCCCAAAAGACCAGUGCAGCAAAACUUUGCAGCUUGGGGUGAGCUUUGCUGGUGGAUAUGUGGCUGGUGUAUUUUGUGCCAUUGUUUCGCAUCCCGCUGACAACCUGGUGUCUUUCCUUAACAAUGCCAAGGGUGCAACUGUUAGAGAUGCCGUGCAAAAGCUAGGGUGGUGGGGUCUUUUCACCCGUGGCCUUCCUCUCCGUAUAGUCAUGAUUGGAACCCUCACCGGAGCCCAGUGGGGAAUUUAUGAUGCUUUCAAAGUUUUUGUUGGGCUGCCAACUACUGGCGGCGUUAGUCCCCCUCCUGCUCCUGCUGCCACUGUUCUUGCAACGGCGUGAAUUUAGCUGAUGGUCAAUAGACACAAAUGUUAAGAAAGGCAUUUUAUCUUUCUUUUUGACGGAUUAAAUAAUAUUAGGGUUGCUGAUGCCUGCUAUGAAGGCAUUUUUUUUCUUGGUGGGAAUUGUACUCUAUUCUAGAAGCGGAUUUUGUUUGCGUUCUUCAUGUUCUCACUGCCUCGUUUGAUUCUUGAGGGGAUGGUUUUGAUUACAUCCUCCAACCCAAAAAUAUCCAUUUGGUUUUUGGUAAUUUUAGGGAUAAAUUUCCCCUUAGAGGUGUAGCCCAUAUCUAGCAGCUUACUGCAGAUUAUUUGCAAUGCUACUCUAUUUUUGAUCAAAUGAACAGUCUUUAUGAGCGCACUUGCAUACCA